AGUAACGCAAAGUCUGGACACGUUGCGAUGGCCGAAGUUGUUGGUUUUGCGGCAACUGUGCUCCAGAUCACCACGGCGUGCUUGUCGACCGUGAACACACUCGAAAAGCUACGGCUCAAGUACAGGAAUUCGGCCAACGCCAUAAAAUCUCUCUAUUCAGAGUCCUCGGCUUUACGAGGUUCAUUAAUGCAGCUGAGCUAUCUUGUCGAGCAGAAAGAUGGAAGCCUCAUGCUAGCGUUGGAGUCAAAAGUCGAAUUCAGAGACGCACUCCAGACCGCGUUAUCUGGCUGUAGAACCGUAUUCACCUUACUGCAGCAGAAGUUGGAUGAUAUUGUGCUGAAGAGUGGACAAUACAACAACUUCUUGGGCCUGAAGAAGAGGGCCAGUUUCCUGUGGAGCGAGAAGCUUCUCCGAGGGUACGCGGCGCAGAUACACGGCCACCAAGAAGCACUGACGCUGUUGCUUCAGGUAAUCCAUAUGCACUCCUUGAGCGAUCUGAACCAGCUGCUACAGGAAACGAAAUCCAUUCUGGCAAAAACGGCACAGGACCAGAUCACAUUGCAAAGUUCGCCUUCAAGGCAGACGUUCGAGGCCUCAGAUGCGGAGACGAAUCUUGAAGGCUCUGCUACCGACUGUGAUUGUUCGAAGAACAUCGACAUCAUUUCCACCAAUGGUGAUUCCAGUUCGCAACCGCGUUAUGCUGAGAUAGAACAAGCAUCUCUCGCGGAUAGUAAAUCGGCCGUCAGACUGUCCAUGGAAAAGUCUGUCUCGGCGCUCGACGGCUUGAAAUUGCAGGAAACGGGACAACGUCUGGAGCCACUGGCUCCCAAAAGCCCAGCCUGCAGCCACGAAACAUUAAAAAAGAGAGACUCGGCUCAAUCCUCAAACUACACGUCGCCAUUGACGGCGAGCAGACGCGAAAAUGAGGCAUGCACACCAUCGAGUCGCUCGAAACACUCGCGCCAGCAGUCUAAAGUAUUCUCACCUCUUGCCUCGGAAUUCAGUGAGGUUGACGGCAGGAAAUCGAUGGCGGAAUCGCCAACAGCACGAUUCGAACGCAGCCCCUCGAUGCAAUCUAGCUAUCCGGAAGUUGUCUCGAAGUUUGCGACGAAGGAUCCGUUUCCAAAGGUCCAAAAUCCGCCGCAAUACUUGCCAGCGCUGGCAGAAGACCAACAGAAUGACCUUUUGAGAAGAAGGUACACGAUCGUCACAUCCGAGGACCAAUUGCUGUGGGCGGAGGAGGCGCUGCAUUUUGUCGCUAUUACGGCCAGACAACGCGUGAGGAUAUCGAGAACUCAGACGACGCCGGAAAAGGCUGGCGAGAAAGAGCUCGAACUGCAGAGACAGGCCUGGGAACUGGUGAAGCUUCAUUUGCCGAACGGGGACUCAAAGGCUUUGUUUUUACAGGCCUCCUAUCAGGUCGCGGACCUAGUCAAGACGCUUGAGCUAUUCCAAAGAAGCCUGGGCCACGGAUACACAAGGUCGGCAUUCUACAUCGCCAACAUGCUCGAGGCAAACCCGCUCGUGAAAAGGAGUACAAUUCUGGAUUACUACAUGGAAGGGGCGGCAGCUAACGAUACAGCCUGCAACUAUCGUUUAGCAGAGGCAUAUCUCAAGGGUGAGCUCGGGCUGAGGAAAGAAGCGAAGGACGCUAUCUGGCACCUUCGCAAGGCCGUGGAGCUGGCAGACAGAGACUUUCCCCAGUCACUCUUCCUUCUGGGCCUGCUGCAAACAGAGAGCUAUCGACGGGGCGUCAAGAUACGAGAGUCGGUCCUUCCCGUGGAUGAAAUCGCUGCCCGAGAGAACUUCAAGCGAGGCGCCCUGCUCGGCUGCUCCAAAUGCCAGCUCCACCUCGCGCACGCGUUCAGACUCGGGCGUCAGGGCCUGGAGAAAAGCCCCGUGCUUGCCCUGCACUACUUCCAACUUGCUGCGCGGCAGGGCGAACCGGAAGCGGACUACCAGAUCUCGACCUACUUCGGAUGGGGCGAACCCGGCGUCGUGGACGUGCAUCCGCACUUGGCCUUCACGUACGCGAGGCGGGCGGCUGAGGACGCUUACCCGCCCGCUCUUGCCCAGGUCGCGUACUUCUACGAGAAGGGUGUCGGAGUUCGACAGAGCAAGGAGAAGGCCAAGGAAUGGUACUUAAUGGCCAUCGCAAGAGGCGACAAAGUCGCUGAGAAAAGAUUGGACGCGCUAAGAAACAGAGGUACGUUUGGGACGGCUAGGUAA